AUGGGGCGUUCCAAGUUUUUUCUCAUCCUACUCGCGCUCUCCCUGGUUGUGUCCCUCGCGCUCGCGCCGCUCUGUCGCGCGGAUGAGAUAGUCGCGGAAGACGAUUCUUUCGACGCCGACGUUGAUGACGACACUGAAAUUUAUGCCGCGUCGGAGUCCGGUUUCCUGAGCAAGCUCUUCGGCGGAAGCAGGCGUUUCUUGUGGUCUCCGCAGGCCCAUCGCAUGCUGCACAGCUGCAAGCAGAAGUGCGAGCAGAAGAACAAGAAGUGCAACACGGACUACACCAACCGUUGA